GGCUUAGAAGAGAAAGACGUUCAUGCUGCAGCCUGUUACCUGCCGUUAGCAUUUCACCGUUGGAUUUUAUUUAUAUCAGUGGUCACAUUUUUAACACUGUUUCAACGAUACUGAACAAAACAAUCGCUAUUUUAUUCGGUGUUUGCUUUAAUUUUUCCUGCCGAUUAAUGUGACUGCUAGGUGGUUCUAACAUGGGUCAAGUUAGCAAACACAAGCUAACAGUAAUGCACACAGUUCAGCUAUGAGUGUUUUUACCCAUCAACCCCAGCUUUGGUCUGUCAACAUAAGUGCAAGCAUGAGCAACCUGGACCACAACCAGCUUUUCCAUCCUAGUUGCCGUGACAAAACAACAGUCUCUGGUGAUUCAUCAGACACCCGUGAGCCUGCCAAGCAGCCUCUCCAAGGUCUAAAAUUGGCAUCACAUGAAGUAUUGGAGAAAGCACAGCAGAGGGGCAGGUUGAAGUGCUCGAAAUGCGGGGGAUCAAGGAUGUUCUUUUGCUACACAUGCUGCUCAUUAGUGGGUGUCAGCCUGCAAGAAAUCCCAGUAAUCAAGCUUCCUGUGAGGAUCGACAUCAUCAAACAUCCAAAUGAGACCGAUGGCAAAAGCACUGCAAUCCACGCCAAGAUCCUGGCUCCAAAUGAUGUGACCAUAUACACGUACCCCGUCAUACCUGAGUUUGAAAAGGACAGGGCGGUGUUGGUGUUCCCGGGUCCAGGGGCUGUCACUGUGCAGAACAUGUUGCAGAAUUUGCUCGACAGGUCCGACAGCUGCUCACGUGACUCUCUUGAACCCUGCAGAAAGAGACUUAAAAGCCAGCCAAUUGAAGCGUCCGCUGUCAACCCGCCGUCGGGGACCCCUGAUGAAGAAAGGGGCUCAGAGUCAAGGGCGCUCCCCCUCCAGAGGGUGGUCUUCAUCGACAGCACAUGGAACCAGACCAACAAGAUCAGCACAGAUGAGAGGCUGCAAGAUCUGCUCCAGGUAGAGCUGAAGAUGAGGAAAACAUGCUUCUGGCGCCAUCAGAAGGGCAAACCAGACACAUACCUUGCUACAAUUGAGGCUAUCUAUUACUUCCUCAAGGACUUCCAUGAGCAUUGCCUUGCUCAGGAGUACAACGGAGAAUAUGAUAACCUGCUGUUCUUCUACUCCUACCUUCACUCACUUGUCAACAAAGCAAAGACUUCAGCUGAAAAACGCUGAACCUUGCAGUAAGGCGAGACUUAAAUCAGCUUCUUGUGACUUUAUGAACCAAAAGUCCUGUUUUAUCCAUUUUUAUUUUGCAACAAAUGCGAUAAUAUAAUUUGUAAAGGAUAUUCAGGGUUUUCUCUGUCACGGAAAAACCUGGGACAAGUCAUGAAAGUAAAUCGGAAGUUCUGAAAAAGUUGUGUAAUUUAUUUUUUAAUGACUAUAAUACAGUGGUUCCCAACAUUUUUUGACUCGUGACCCCAUUUUAACAUCCCGAAUUUCUGGCGACCCCAGAACAAAGAUAUUUGUUUCCUAAUAUUAAUUUGUACUUCAAUAGUUUGCUAUACUAUGUUACAAAUACCGUAAACGUUAAUUUUAGAGGACAUUUAGUCUAUAUAAUGUAUAUUAUUAUGGACGGAGGCAGUAAAGCCA